GGGCCGUGGGAGCGCGGGAAGUCCGGAUCCCUGAGCGGCGGCCGGACCACGAUGAGCCUGGACCGAGAGCUCCGACAGCUGAGCAAGGCUAAAGCCAAGGCCCAGACCAGCGGACAGCUGCGGGAGGAAGCCGCGCUCUGUCACCAGCUGGGGGAGCUGCUGGCCAGCCAUGGCCGCUACCUCGAGGCCCUGCAGGAGCAUCAGCAGGAGCUGCGGCUGCUGGAGAGCGCGGACGAUACCCUGGGCUGCGCCGUGGCCCACCGGAAGAUCGGGGAGCGGCUGGCGGAGAUGGAGGACUACUCAGCUGCCCUGCAGCACCAGCACCUGUACCUGGAGCUGGCCCGUUCCCUGUCCAACCACACGGAGCUGCAAAGGGCCUGGGCGACCAUUGGCCGCACCCACCUGGAUGUCUAUUACCAUUGCCAGUCCCAGGACGCUUUGCUGCAGGCUCGGGCUGCCUUCGAGAAGAGCUUGGCUAUUGUGGAUGAGAAGCUGCAAAGGACGUUGUCCAAGCGAGAGCUGAGUGAGAUGAGAGCCCGGCUGUACCUCAACCUGGGCCUCACCUUCGAGAGCCUACAGCAGGCUGCCCUGUGCAACGACUACUUCAAGAAGAGCAUCUUUCUCGCUGAGCAGAACCACCUGUACGAGGACCUGUUCCGCGCCCGCUACAACUUGGGCGCCAUCCGCUGGCGCCACGGGCAGCACUCCCAGGCCAUGCGCUGCCUGGAAGGGGCCCGGGAGUGCGCGCGUGCCAUGAAGAAGGGGCUCAUGGAGAGCGAGUGCUGCCUGCUCAUCUCACAGGUCCUCCAAGACCUGGGCGAUUUUCUGGCCGCCAAGAGAGCGCUGAAGAAGGCCUACAGGCUGGGCUCCCAGAAACCUUCGCAGAAGGCAGCCGUGUGCCGGGCCCUCAAGCAUGUGCUGGCGGUGACCCGGCUGCAGCAGCGCCUGGAGGAGUCUGAGAGCAGCGACCCCCGCGGCGCCAUGGCCCUCUGUGAGCAGCUGGGGGACUUGUUCUCCAAGGCAGGCGACUUCCCCAAGGCGGCCGAGGCCUACGAGAAGCAGCUGGAUUUUGCGGAGCAGCUGGGCCGGCCGGGGCCUGAGCUGGCUGUCAUCCACGUGUCCCUGGCCGCCACCAUGGGGGACAUGAGGGACCACCGCCGGGCCGUGCACCACUAUGAGGAGGAGCUGAGGCUGCGGGACGGCAACGCCCUGGAGGAAGCCAAGACCUGGCUGAACAUCGCGCUGUCCCGCGAGGAGGCUGGCGACGCCUACGAGGAGCUGGCGCCGUGCUUCCAGAAGGCUCUCUGCUGUGCCCAGCGGGCUCAGCAGCCCCAGCUGCAGAGGCAGGUCCUGCAGCACCUCCACACGGUACAGCUCCGGCUGCAGCCCCAGGAGGCCCCGGGCACGGAAGCCAGGCUACAGGACCUGAGUGCAGACCAGAGCGAGGGUGAAGAUGAGGAAGACGGGGAGGGUGACGAGGACAGCAGCACCCUGGAGGCCAGCGAGCUGGAGCUCUCAGACAGCGAGGGCGAGGCAGAUGGCCAGUCCCAGCAGCUGGAGGAGGACGAGGAGCUGCGGGGCUGCCUGGGCCGGCGGCAGGUGAACAAGUGGAACCGGCGCAACGACGUGGGGGAGACCCUGCUGCACCGAGCCUGCAUCGAGGGCCAGCUGCGCCGCGUCCAGGACCUCGUGAGGCAGGGCCACCCGCUGAACCCUCGGGACUACUGUGGCUGGACACCCUUGCACGAGGCCUGCAACUACGGGCACCUGGACAUUGUCCGCUUUCUGCUGGACCACGGGGCCGCGGUGGAUGACCCGGGCGGCCAGGGCUGCGAGGGCAUCACUCCCCUGCACGAUGCUCUCACCUGUGGCCACUUCGAGGUGGCCGAGCUGCUCAUUCAACGGGGGGCAUCGGUCACCCUCCGGACCAGGAAGGGCCACAGCCCACUGGAGACGCUGCGGCAGUGGGUGAAGCUGUACCACAGGGACCUGGACAGCGAGACGCGGGAGAAGGCCAGCGUGAUGGAGAGGCUGCUCCGGGCGUCCUCCUCCGGCCGAGCUCCCCACAGCCCCCUGGCUCCCCGGUCCCCCCCAAGUGACCAUCUGUUUGACCCCGAGACCCCUCCCUCGAGACCCUGCCCAGGACCCCCAGAGGCCUCGCAGGCCAGCGCCGGAGUCUCGGGGGCGCAGGCAGGGCCAGCCACGGCCAGGUCCCGGAGGAGCAGGCACCAGCUGGCCAGCAGCAGCAGCUCGGAGGGUGAGGCCAGCGCAGGCCCGCCCGGGCCAAUGCGGAAGAGGCCCCGGCACGCAGCCCCGGGGCAGCGAGCCAGGGCCCGGGUGCCUGGCCACGGCAGCACCAGGGAGGCGGCGACAGCCAGCAGGACAGCCGAUCAGGGAGUGGGCAGUGCCCAGAGCUGCCGCCUAGGGCCUGACCCGCCCCGGGGCCCAGGCGAGGCCCCCACCCCGCCGUCGGCGCUGAUCCCCGAGGAGGAGUGCCCGGCGGGGGCCUGGUUGGAAGACGACUUGCUGACCCACGGCCGCCGGGACCGAGGGUACAGGGCCCGGCGCAGCGCCUCGGGGUCGAGCAGCGACGAGAGCCCCGUCAGGCCGCGGGCCCAGGCUCGGCAGAGCCGGCUGCCCCACUUCGGCAGUCGGGGUGCAGGGGUCCGAGCAAGCGGAGGCUGCGGCGCACCCACGGAGCCCCCACGGAGCCCUGAGGUGCCCGGCGGCGACACCCCUGCAGCAGGCCAUCCCCCGGGACCAGUCCUGCCCCCUGCCAUCCGGGUUCGAGUUCGAGUACGGGACAGCCUUUUCCUCAUCCCUGUUCCACACAGCAAGGAGGCCCACUCCGUGGCCUGGCUGGCUGACCAGGCCGCCCAACGCUACUACCAGGCCUGUGGGCUGCUGCCGAGGCUCACCCUGCGGAAGGAGGGGGCCCUGCUGGCCCCACAGGACCCCAUCCCCGAUGUGCUGCAGAGCAACGAGGAGGUGUUGGCCGAAGUGACCUCGUGGGACCUCCCCCCGCUGACAGACCGCUACCGCAGGGCCUGCCAGAGCCUGGGGCAGAGGGAGCACCCGCAGGUUCUGCGGGCUGUGGAGUGCCAGGGCCUGGGGCCCGUGUUCCGAGCCUGCGGCCUGGCCCUGCGCCCGGCCCAGCUCGCCCCCUUGCUGCGGGCCCUCAAGCUGCACGCGGCACUCCGGGAGCUGCGCCUGGCGGGGAACCGGUUGGGGGACGGCUGCGCCGCUGAGCUGCUGGCCGCCCUGAGCACUGUGCCCGGCCUGACCGUCUUCGACCUCUCCUCCAACCACCUGGGCCCCGAGGGCCUGCGGCAGCUCGCCGCAGGCCUCCUGGGACAGGCCACCUUGCAGAACCUGGAGGAGCUGGACCUAAGCAUGAACCCCCUUGGGGAUGGCUGUGGCCAGGCCCUGGCCUCCAUCCUGCGGGCCUGCCCUGCGCUCAGCACUCUGCACCUCCGGGCCUGUGGCUUUGGCCCCGGUUUCCUCUUGAGCCACCAGGCAGCCCUGGGCUGUGCCUUCCAAGAUGCCAAGCACCUGAAGACCCUGUCCUUGUCCUACAACGUCCUGGGCACCACUGCCCUGGCCCAGACCCUGCAGAGCCUGCCCGCCCAGACCCUCCUGCGCCUGGAGGUCAGCUCCGUGGCCAGCAAGAGCGAUGCCGGCCUCAUGGACCCCGUGGUCAGAUACCUGACCAAGGAAGGCUGCGCUCUGGUGCACUUGAACCUGUCCGCAAACCACCUGGGCAACAAGGCAGUGAGAGAACUGAGCAGAUGCCUCCCUCUGUGCCCCUCACUUGUCUCGCUGGACCUGUCUGCCAACCCUGAGGUUGGCUGUGCCGGCCUGGAGGAGCUCCUGUCUGCCCUCCAGGAGCGGCCCCAAGGCCUGAGCUUCCUGGGCCUGGCAGGCUGCGCUGUCCAGGGUCCCCUGGACCCGGGUCUCCGGGACCAGAUCACCGCGCGGCUGCAGGAGCUGCAAUUGUGCAGCAGGAGGCUCUCCUCCGAGGACCGGGCCGCUCUGCGCCAGCUGCUGCCCAGCCAGCCGGGCCCCGGCUCCCGCACGCUGGACCGAGGCUCCAAGUUCUUCUUCCGGUGCCUCUGACGCCGGCGCCGCCUUGUACCCUCCCCGUGCCCCCAAUAAAGAAUGCUGCUGUCGCGUC